GAUGAGGACAAUGCUAGUAAUCUGUUGAUACAAAGACCAAUUCUAAUUCCUGAUCCUGAAUUCCGUAGUUCCGUCGCAGUGGUCGCUGUCGUGAAUAGCCAGGAAGGUGGGUCAUCAACACCAGCGCGCACAGCAUCAUCAUCAUCCGUGAGAACUUUUCCGAGCGCGGCUUUGCCACAACAGCAUGCAGCUUGUGCGUUUUUACCCUGUGCUGCAACUACAAACAGCGCCGACGAGGAGAAAAAGAAGUCCUUUUCGUCUAGUACUCCCCUGCUCAGUCCUGAGGCACCCGAGUUUUACCCCGGGAGGGAGUCUCAUGCUCGCUUCAACUCCACACCACCACUGCUCUUCCCCAGUGAGGCGACUGCUACUCCAGUCGAGAUGUUCUCUACACCUGCUGUGGGUCGUCGUCCCCUUGCUCCCGUGGUCCUAGGAGGUCAAGAAAGAAGCCGAUACAACGACCAUGUCGUGGCUGAAGAGUUUCACAUGAGCACCACAGCAGGCGUGUCCGUCACAGUCGCUGCACCGCAGACAGAUUUUCAGCACGAGGGGCUCCAGCGGUUUGUGGAGCAUGAGCACACUUCAUU